AUGGAAGGAGGCUGGCCCCACCAGCAGGGAUGGCUCCUGUGUCUCAUUCUCAGCCUUUUGCUUCAAGGUUCUCCUGCCUUCACACAAAGCAGCAAUACUUUCACCAUCAACUGCUCAGGGUUCGAUGUGCAUGGAUUGAACCACAUCGCUUUUCAGGCCGUGUUUGACAGAAAGGCCUUCCGACCAGUUAUCAACAUCAAUGUCCCUACCAAGGUCAACAUCUCCUUCACCUUAUCUGCCAUUCUGGAGGUGAAUGCACAGAUUCAGCUCCUUACGUCAUUUAUCUGGCUCGAGUUGUUCUGGUACAAUCCAUUCAUCAGCUGGAACCCAGAGGAGUGUGGAGGAAUCACGGAGCUCACUGUGGCAGCUGAGAACCUCUGGCUUCCAGACAUCUUCAUUGUAGAGUUCAUGGACAUUGACCAGACUCCAUCGAACCUCGUUGCCUAUGUGAACAGUAAAGGUCACAUCAAGUACAAGAAACCAAUGAGGGUGACCAGCAUCUGUAACCUGGACAUCUUCUACUUCCCCUUUGACCAGCAGAACUGCACUCUGACCUUCAGCUCUUUCCUCUACACAGUGAACGACAUGUUGUUGGGCAUUGACAAGGAAGUGUGGGAGAUAACAGACACUUCGCGCCAUCUCGUCCAGUCCCAAGGGGAGUGGAAGUUGCUGUCCAUCAACAAAGCAUCCCCAAAGUUGGCAGUGGGAUCCAGCUUUUAUGACCAGCUCAUGUUCUAUGUGGCCAUCCAGCGCCGACCCAGACUCUAUGUCAUAAAUCUUCUGGUGCCCAGUGGAUUUCUGAUAGCAAUCGAUGCCCUGAGCUUCUUCCUGCCAAUUGAGAGUGGCAACCGGGCUCCUUUCAAGAUGAUCUUGCUCCUGGGAUAUACUGUCUUCUUGCUCAUGAUGAAUGAUUUACUGCCAGCCAGUGGCACCCCACUCAUCAGUGUGUACUUUGCUCUGUGCCUGUCCCUGAUGGUGCUCAGCCUGCUAGAGGCUGUCUUCCUCACCUACCUCCUGAAUCUGAUUGCUACCGAGCCCCCAGCCAUGCCCCCCUGGCUCCAGUCACUGCUGCUGCGCUAUCUCGGAGGCUGCUACAACAAGAAGUCCCAAAAGGAGAAUGGGAGCCCUGAGCCCAACCCCAUCCACCUACCUGGCCUGAAGGAGCAGGGGGUGAUGGCAGGCCCAGCUAAGGCUUGGCUGAAUGGAGAAUCACACUCCACCUGGGCAGAGCUGGAACAUCAGCAGAAAGUUGACAUUUGGGUGAAAUUCAGCCUUGUUCUAGAUACUCUGCUCUUCUGGAUCUACUUGAUAUUCAUGACUUCCUCUCUCAUCACAGUCAUUGUCCUCUGGGUCAACUAG